AUGUCUUUCUUUAACAAAUUGCCUUUGAUCCUUUUACUUUCUUCCCUCUUCAUCCAUGCAUCUUUGGGUGAGAUGGCAUGUGAGGAUCUUCCAAAGGAAGUGUGUGCAUUCUCAGUAGCUUCAUCGGGGAAGAGGUGUUUGUUGGAGACAGAGAAGGCGGCGGACGGCGGCGUGGAGUACCAAUGCCGGACGUCGGAAGUGGUGGUGGAGAGGAUGGCAAAUUACAUAGAGACAGACGAAUGUGUGGAGGCAUGUGGGGUUGAUCGGAACUCUGUUGGUAUUUCUUCUGAUGCAUUCUUUGAGCCUCAAUUCACCGGCAAACUUUGCUCUUCAGAAUGUUAUCAACGUUGCUCCAACAUUGUUGACCUUUUCUUCAACUUGGCUGCUGGAGAGGGGGUAUUUUUGCCAGAACUGUGUGAGAAGCACAAGACGAACCCUCGUCGAGCCAUGGUUGAGCUUGUGAGCUCUGGAGCUGCACCUGGACCUGUUUCUGACGUGUCAGAGGACAUUGUGGCAGAACCUGCACCUUCUCCCCUGUAA